UUGUCAAAUACAGUGAGUUUGCAGGUUGUCGUUGUUCAAUAUAUUUAGCCGUAUUUGCAAAGAAUUUGUGUAAAUUCGAAAACUGAAUAUCUGCAAGGAGUUGCAUUUUAUAAUUUAAGCAUCAAGCACACCUAUUAUCCCAACAAAAUGACUACAAACGGAGAUAAUGGAAGUCUGGAUGCCAGUGGCAAGAUUGUAAAAAUGGAGGUGGACUACAGUAGCACUUGCGAUGAGAAGAUCCCGCAGGCAAAGGCCAUGGCUGCGAAAGGUUCUAUCACACAGGCCAUUGAUCAAUUACUAGCUCUUGAGAAGCAGACCAGAACAGGUGCUGACAUGGCGUCCACUGCAAGAAUUCUUGUAGCAAUUGUACAAAUCUGCUUUGAAGCCAAAAACUGGUCUGUUCUCAAUGAUCAGAUUGUUCUUCUCUCCAAAAGGCGAUCUCAACUGAAACAAGCUGUAGUGAAAAUGGUCCAAGAAUGCUGCACUUAUGUAGAUAAGACACCAGAUAAGGAGACAAAAAUAAAGCUUAUUGAGACUCUAAGAUCAAUUACAGAAGGUAAAAUCUAUGUAGAAGUAGAGAGGGCUAGACUUACACACAUUCUGGCAAAAAUUCGUGAAGAAGAAGGCAAUGUCGCUGAAGCCGCUAAAAUCAUCCAAGAGCUGCAAGUUGAAACAUACGGUUCCAUGGACAAAAGAGAAAAAGUAGAACUUAUUUUGGAGCAAAUGAGAUUGUGUUUGGCCAUCAAAGAUUAUAUUCGUACACAAAUCAUUUCUAAGAAAAUUAACACAAAAUUCUUUGAAGAAGAUAAUACUUUGGAACUGAAAGAAAAAUUCUAUCGCCUUAUGAUUGCUGUGGAUCAACACAAUGGGCAAUACUUGUCCGUCUGCCGGCACUUCCGCGCGCUCGGCCCAGUGGCUGGGUCGGAUGCCUUAAUUGGCAGCGUCGUGUUUCUUAUCUUAGCACCGUAUGACAAUGAACAAGCCGAUUUAACGCAUAGGCUCAAUGAGGACAAAGAUUUGGACAAAUUACCUGAUUAUAAACAGCUAUUAGGCCUGUUCAUAAACCCGGAGAUCAUCAGAUGGAACACGCUAUGCUCAAUGUAUGAGAAGAUGCUCCGAGCCACACCUUACUUCGAUCAGGCUGACGAGAAGGGCCAGGAGCGUUGGAAUGACCUUAAGAACAGAGUUGUGGAACAUAAUAUCCGCAUAAUGUCGAUGUACUACACGCGUAUCACAUUGAAGCGAAUGAGCGAGCUUUUAGGCCUCAGCGAUGUCGAGACCGAGGAAGCACUAAGUCAACUGGUUGUAAGCAAUGUUGUACGUGCCAAGAUCGACCGCCCUGCAGGAGUUGUGCACUUCAGCCUAAACAUGGACUCCUCAGACCGUCUGAACGAGUGGUCUAAUAACCUAAACACUCUGAUGCAACUUGUGAACAAGACCACCCAUCUCAUCAACAAGGAAGAGUGUGUCCACAAGCAUCUACUCGCUACAACGGAAUAA